AUGAAUGUCCUUGAAGAGGCUAAUUUAAUCCACACUGCGCAACGAGGAUUCAUGAAAAAAGGUUCAACAUUAGAACACCUUAUCAGUCUUCGGACUGCCUUUGCAUACAAAUAUCAGCACAAACAAGAAGUAUUUGCUAUGGCUCUGGAUAUCAAAAAUGCUUAUGGAUCAGUAAUCCAUAAAAGAUUUAUCAGCAUUCUCAAGAAACAUGGUUUCCAUAGCUCUGUCAUUAAUCUCUUGACAUCCAUGAUCUCCAAUAGCGUUAUGAAAGUACUAGUCAACGGAUUUCUAUCCUCCCCUUUCGAUGCGAAUGUUGGAGUUCCGCAAGGCGAUCCUUCAAGCCCGGCAUGGUUUAAUCUUUAUAUUAACUCCUCAACUAACAUACAAGAAAAGCUUAAAGGAGUUCAAAUAUUUAAUAUUACCAUCCUUUUAUUAUUAUAUGCCGAUGAUAUUUUAUUGAUAGCUAAUACUAAGAUCGAAAUGAAUUCCUCUCUAAAAAGCCUCGGCCGUGAAUUAAAGAAAAUAGGACUCGCUUUAGCUCCCAAGAAAUGCAAACUCUUAGCUAUUACAGCCAAAGCCAAACUAUCUAAGGCCCUAGUCACUAUUGGACAGGAUAUAAUUGCCACAUCUUCUUCUAUUGAAUAUCUUGGGGGUAUAUGUACCUUUAAGAAUGAUUUUUCUUGGUCCUCUGAUAAUCCAAUCAACAAAAUCUCGAAUCAACUGGCAUCAGCUAAAACUUCUAAUCUAUAUCUCAACAGCAUCACCACUACAUUAAUGUCCAAAAUCAUAUCUUUGCCUAGAUAUGCCUGUAGUUUCAAUGGAAUCAAUAAGAAUUCUCUAGACAAAGCAGAUAUUAUGGUUGCUAAUUUUGUCAGAAAGGCUAUUGGAUUAGAUUACACAUUAUCAAAAUCAGUCAUUUUUAAUUGCAAACAAAUUGGGGGCCUUGGUUUUACUCGCCCCUCUACUUUAUUCUCCAUUGAACCUAUUUGCACAGCAGUUAGAUUAUUCAACUCCUCCUCCACCAUCACCAAAAAUGUUGCUUUGGCUGCUUGGAAUGAUCUUACCUUUAACGAACCAUUUUGGAACCACGUGAAAAAUAUCGCUGCUCAAAAUAAUUGGUCUCUCCAAUACAUUGAUGAACGGUAUUCAUUUGUCAAUGAAUACGAAACCCCUGUCGACCCUAGAACUGAAUUACUAAAAAACGAUAGAUCAACCAUGAGCAUCUCAGGCCUUGGAAUCUUAGACCAUAAUAGAACCUGGCAUCCAUGUGCCAUCUCCUUUUGGAGCAAUUAUUCACUCAAACCCUUCCAACAACGACUAUUAUUUGCUCACCUACACAAAGCAGAAAUCCUUAGAAAUUUCGGAAAAGAUUACCCUAAUUGCCACAUUUGCAAUACCAAAGCCAACUGGGAACAUGUAUUCACCUCAUGCACCAUGUGUGGUCCGGAAAUCAAAUCAUUAUACACAAAAUGGGACAACAGUUCCCUCAAAUUCAAUGCCCCUCUUAUCAGACUUCCCUCAAACCAUUCUUCUCUCUCUUGUAUUCCAAUGGAUUGGAAUGGUAGUAUCAAAGACGAACCUCUUCAACAAUUAGACUUAUCUCCCCCAGCUUUGACUGAUUGGCUAAAUGAAAUAUAUCUCUCAUUCGCUGCCUAUGUUGGCAGUUGUUACAAAAACGCCACUUGGAACAGUUCAACUGUACUCAAGAAGGCUAGAGGAUAUAUAAUUAAACCCAAAACUGCAAAAUUUGCAACUGCUUGGGAAACAUUUAGCAGUCAGCUUGGCGAACUCAACUCCAACAACAUCUACACCUCACACCUACACACCCAUUAG